CCUCCGGCGGCGCGGCGGAGCAGGUGCCGGCGGCGGCGGGCCGGCGGGAUGGAGGCAGCCUUGCUGAAGCCGGCGAUGAUGGCGGAGGUGAAAGGGAGCGGCGCCGGCUCCUCAGUCAGCGCCGAGCUGGAGGUGAAGAAGCUGCAGGAGCUGGUGCGGAAGCUGGAGAAGCAGAAUGAGCAGCUGCGGAGCCGCGCCGCCGCCGCCGCGAUCGCCACUAGCCCGCCCAGCCCGCACCUGCUGCUGACCCCGCCGCCCGGCCCCGCUGGACUGCGCCCCGCCAGCCCUCCCCCGGCGGCAGGCAGCGGGCCCGCGCCCUGUCUGCCCAGCCCGGUGCCCACCCUGCUCUGCCCCGCCGCGCUGGGCCCGCCGGAGCCCCUCGCCUACUUCAAGCCCUCGGCCGGCCUGUCCGCGGCCGGCGGUGUGGGGCAGGACGUCGGCGGCGGCCCGGGGGCGGCGGCCACGGUGCUGGAUGAGGUUGCGGUGGUGGAGCUGGAGGACGGCUGCUGCGGACAGGACGAGGAGACGUGGUUAUACGUCUUGCCUACCAAGACUCUUACUCCUCAAGAGAAAUCACUGAGUCCUCUGCAGUGGUGCAGGCGUGUUCUGGAUCAUCCAAGUCCUGAGAUAGAGGCUGCAAAACGUUCCCUAUGCUUUAGGUUGGAACAAGGUUACAUUUCUAGGAGUUCCCCUUUGAGCCCACAGUCAUCAAUAGACAGUGAACUGAGCACCUCGGAGCUGGAGGAUGAUUCCAUCUCCAUGGGAUAUAAGCUGCAGGACCUCACCGAUGUUCAGAUCAUGGCUCGUCUACAGGAGGAGAGCCUCAGGCAAGAUUAUGCUUCAACUUCAGCAUCUGCGUCAAGACACAGUUCAAGUGUCUCUCUGCACGCGGGAAAGAAAGGGACGUGUGGUGACCAGGAAUACGAUCGUUACAGCCUUGAGGACGAGGAAGAGUUUGACCACCUCCCGCCUCCACAGCCACGACUGACUCGCUGCUCCCCCUUCCAGAGAGGGAUUCCUCACUCACAGACUUUCUCCAGUAUCCGGGACUGCAGGAGGAGCCCUACCUCCCCGCACUUCCCUUCAAAUACUUAUCAGCAACCCUACUAUUCUCCUCAAGCCCAAACUCCAGAGCAGCAGCCAAAUAGGAUUAAUGGAGGGCCAUUUGUCUCAGCAGACACAAGGACUCACCAAAGAAGUAACCCAGAUGCUUGAUGGAUGAGAAUUUGCAGGUGCAGCAGGAAUCUGCUGCCCAAGGACCGAAUGAAUCAGCAGCAGAGCAGACUGCUGGAAUGAAAAGGGACCGAUGAACAGGAGGCAAAAGAUUUGGCCACCCAUGACAUGAGGAUAUCCAAGCUACUUCUGUGCCUGUUUUUCCUGCUAAUAUAGCAGCAUCCACUGGACAAGGCACAGAUCAUGCCUGUGGUGGCUGAUGCAGUCCCUGAGUGGAAGAGUGUGCAGAAUCCAAGGAAUUCUGCUUAUACAGCAUGAUAUGUGGAUAGGAUUAGAGAAGCUGGUUUACAUAGUGCAAUCUUCCCUACCACCAUCCUGCUGCUCAAACCUUUUUUGCCAAGUGCUGUAAUGUUGACCUAGGAUUUCAGAAGCUGGGAUUUCGAAGAGUAGAUUAGGACUCCAAAAUUAGCAGUAGCUACAGACAUCUCCUAAUCAUGAUUUUUCUGCCACUCUUGGCCAAGGCUUGCAUCACUGGAAGACAGUUCCCCUUCCAGUUAGCAGAAUCGAGACUAUUUCAGAAAUAGGGAGCUAUAGUAGCUGUAAGGAUAGCACCGUGUGCAUCCCCAGGACAGUUUUGGGAGGGUGAUAUUAUCAUUGAGUUAUUAAUACUGAACUGAACUAUGGUGGCAAUACCUUUGCUAACAUUCACUGCUGUACCACUGACAGUGUCACAGUGAGUCACAACUGAUGAGAACACAACUCUGAAUCUUUGAUGAAGGCUUACUCUUAAAACUGGUUCUUUAUUAGGAUUUGGCUGUACUCUCACUUCCAGGAACUCAAACCUCGCAUUUCCUUUUCCUGCACUGGAAUCUUGUCUAGCUUACCUCCCAUACCUACUGUUUGAUUUCAAAAUUAUGAAAAUGUAAUGGAUUUGACAUGAAUAUUUAUUUCCUAGACAGUAAUGGUUUUCUGUGGUAACUGAGAGUCAGCCUUAGUUGAGAUGGAGAGAGAAAAGUCUCAUCAUUACAGGAUAUGUGUGCAUGAGAUACUGUCAAGGGCAGGUAGGCACUAAUAAUUGGGACUUGAGACAUGAGGAUGGUAGAAAUGCUGGACGUGGACCUGUUACAAGAAUAUUUUUUACUGUUUUCAGGAUUCUGUACCAGUUCUUAUCAUGAGGACCAGUCAUAAACAAAACAUCUGGAGUUGUAGCCUUUCUGAGACUCAGUUUGCUGGAGUUUAUGGAGUGGGCAUCACAUAUUGAAGUUACUGUUAGUGACUACUAGUACCCUGUAUGGAUAGAACUGUCCUGUCACUUCUUAUUACUUAUCAAUUGUUAGCAGCUUUAAGGAUUAGAGGAGCUCAUGAUGGUGUUAGAUUGGUUAUGUAUGUAUGUGGACUGAUAAACUGAUUUGCGAGUGAAUUCAUUAUUUCUGUGAACUGAACUUGGCCUGUGUAAAGUUGACCCAAAAGAGCAGUUCCAAGCCAUCUGUGAUGUGUCAUUCCCAUGCAUAAAUCCAAAACAGCCUGGUUGCCAUUGGAGAGAGCAGUCAUGGCUGCCUUGUAGAAGACAAGCAUACCCCUGCUUUCUAUUGCGGUGUGGGAACUGGAGACAGACAUCUGACAGGCACUGGAACCUACAGUAGGGGCAGGAGCUGGUGGCCUCCAUGCUGACCAUGGUACCAGAAGAAAGAUGGCCGCCUCGUCAGGGUACAGCACUUGAGCUCCAGAACCUGGCCAAGAGACCAGCAUUAGUGGUGGCAAUGACAGAUUAAGGAAUGACUUGUUAUUUCCCCACAGUGGUGAACAGCUCUACAGGCCUGUUUUAAAAAUGCCCACCAAAUCAGGCACCACAAGUGGGGCUGGAGAGAGAAACAUCAGAUUUGAAAAUCCUGAGGGCUCAACUGAGGGCUCCAAUCAACUGAAUCACAGAUUCUUAAGGGUUGGAAGGGGCCUUGAAAGAUCAUCUAGUCCAAUCCCAGUAACAUGGCCACCUGCAGAUACUUAACAUUGUAAUAAGGUUGGGUACUGAACAGAAUUUUUAGCAUGUCAUUAGCACCUGAAAGCAAGACUUUAGUCACUUAGGAUGGGUUUGUCUCACCUGUCUUUAGACAUCCACAACGUAGAUAUCCAUGUCUAAGUUUGUCAUUGCAGCCUUGCUUUGUAUUUGCUGCACAGAAACAGGCAGAUUUAGGGCAUGAUUCGUCUGACCUACUUUACACAUUUAUGGGAAACUCAUCCUUAAUAUGAUGCUUCAGUGUUUAAAUCCUUGUGAUUCCAAGAAUGUGCUGCCAGUUCACAUGUUUAAAAUCAUUUGUGUGUAAUCGUGCUGUUAAAAUAGUCAGAAGGGUUCAAUUAGUAGGCUGGCAAUAAUGUAUUCAUAUUCCUCCUGCAAAGUAAAACCUUUCUUUUGUGUUAAAGCAACUUGUUUUCAUGGUUUUCUACAGAAAUGAUUCA